AUGUCCAGCAACCUCCUCAAGCGCAUCGUGGUCAAGAUGGACAUGAUGAUGAUGAUGAUGAUGAUGACAGAUGAUGAUGAUGAUGAUGAUGGAGUGCAGGCGAUGGGUUCGAGUGAUCCUGGGUGUCCCAGCACGCUGCUCGAAGAUGAGAAGGUCGAACAGUUGGAAGUGGAUAUCAAUCUUUGGUAUUACUGCGGCGUCCACGGCCUGGGCGUUCAGCCGACAGACGUCACGGUUAGACCAGGCUUGAAAGGGCAAGGAGUUCGAGUCGAACAGCAACCGGCAGAGCAGCCUGGUGGCCAAUUGCUGCCCAACACGAACACCUUCUGGCGCACCAUUGAGCACGUGCACGUCGCGCAGAGCAAGCUGGAUUUCUUCGUUUCCCAAGCAGCGCCGCUGAGAGCCGUAAAGGUCGACGGAUCGUUGCAGCUGUCCGGUGGUGGGAACGACUACACCUCUGGCGGCGCCUUGAUGAAUGCUGAUAUCGGCGGUGAUAUCAUUACGGGCACGCAGCAGCAAUGGUACACGAGAGGAACUUUGAUGAAACCAUACCCGCAUCCCGCAGGUAUUGGCAGCUAUGCAGCUGUGGGAUGCGUAGAUCGCGACAGCGGGAUGCCUUUCUGGGAUAGCUAUAACUUUGAUCCGGCGCAGAACCAGCAAGGGCAAACCGGACACACGGGUGCAACGUACAUUGGCGCUCCAGAAAUUUUUGCCGAGAAGCCGUUUAUCUUCUUUGAGGAGGGCAUGUACAAGCUGCGGAUUCCGGAGGUGCUCAACAAACAUGCCGGCCCAGAAUGGCAGACGGGCUCCACCGUCGGAUUCGACAAGGUAUUUGUGACGAAAGCUACGACGACUGCUGCACAGAUCAAUUCUGCCAUUUCUGCAGGAAAACAUGUCGUUCUCACACCUGCCGUGUACUACAUGGACGAGCCGAUAGUGAUCAACCAUCCUAACACGGUCAUCCUUGGCCUCGGCUUUGCGACCAUCAUUCCCAAGCAGCUGCCAGCAUUCAUCGGCAGAGGCGUGAUCGAGGUGGGCAAUGUGGAUGGCGUUCGCCUCGCUGGGGUCUUUGUGCAAGCGGGGCCGCUGGACUCACCAGACUUUACCAACGCCGUUGGGGCCCUUGUCAGGUGGGGCAAGCCUGACGAGCCCUAUGCUGGAAAUCCAAGCAACCCAGGUUUCCUGUAUGACUUCAUUGCACGCGUGGGCGGGCCAGAUCAUCAGCCAGUAGGUGUGGAGAACCUGCUGGAGAUUCACAAUGGGUAUGUAAUUGGCGACAACCUGUGGCUGUGGAAAGCUGACCACUGCGUCACAAACUCAGGUGCACUUUGCAUUCCUCAGCGCUACUUAAAACAUUGCCUCGUGGUCAACGCUGCCAAUGUGCACAUGUAUGGCCUUAUGGCGGAGCAUGCCAAUGACGACAUAGUCGUUUGGAACGGGGAGAAUGGCAAGACGUUCUUCUAUCAGAGCGAGUUCAAAUACACUCAGGGCGAAUCCAGCAAGCCCUCGACGUGGGAAAAGGUGCCGCAUUCAGUGAGCUACCGCGUCAACGCUCUCAAUCACCAGGCUGCGGCAUUUGGGAUUUACGCAGUUGUGCUGGCGGAUUGGGUUGACGACGAACAGACACCGAUGGAGAAUGUCAAGAUGGAAGGUGGCUUCAGCGCUAUUGCAGUGAAUGACGCUAGCACCUAUACGUAUGGCUUCAAGGAUAUUGCAACGCUGAACUGGAAUUUUGCCUGGCCGCUGGAAUCCCGAAUAACCUGCAAGGCCUGGGAUGGGACCACGGCAAGCUGCUUGGAUACAGGAGUCCAAGGGCCGAGGUGA